AUGAAGAGGCAGCCAUUAAACGCACUGUAUUUGGUCAUCAUAGCUGCAUGCUACGUAUGCCACACCGAAGCAGUUAACGGUACUUGUGAUCGUUGGUCUGGUCCGGCUGGAACUGUACAUUGCGAAAAGUUUGAUCGUUACUACGAGUACCAAUGGGCUAUCUGUCGUACAGAUGCAUAUAUCAGAACCAAAACAAAAGGUGAUUACUAUUGUAAAUAUCCUUACUGUUAUUAUCAAUGUAUGCUUGAUGUGUAUGACAAAAAUUACGGCGCUAUUCUUCCCCACUGCAAGUGCUCCCCUGGUGAACCUCUGCCUACUGAAAAAGUUCCUCUACCAGCAUGGUGUCACAGUCCUGAUGGAAGAAGCUGUGAUUGGUACAGAGACUGUCUUAACAAAGUCUAUCCUAAUUGUGAAGGUCAGGACGAGGAUUAUGCCAUUGCAUUUGCUGAAAAGUUUUGUAAACUUUAUGAUAAAAACUACAGAGACUUUUCACUACAAGGACAGAGGUGGGUCGAUGCUGUCAGGAAAUGCCUUCAAGUUAAACUGGUUCCACUGAUAGACACAACUUACGAAAAGAACUGCGCAGAACUUAAAUCUGAAGCUUUCAAAUCGCACACUCCUUGCUAUCUAGACCCUGAUCAAUCAUCACUAUCGUACUGUAAUUUAUCUAUAGCAGACCAGAUGACAGUGUUUUGGACCAUUAAAUCUGCCUACAUUGAUGCAUUUUGGUCCAGUUUGGAAGGUAUGCUUCAAGUAAUGACUGGAUGUACUCAAACCGCAGUUCAGUCAUACACAGAAAAUAUAAAAGAAAAAAUCGAGAAAGCAGUUGAUGCAAUAACCGACGGUGCAAUUGAUGUAAUCACGAAAACAGCGGAACAUAUAUUAAAAGAAACUGCAACACGAAUCAAGACUUGGCUAGAAGAUCUUGUUUCUCCAUUCCCAAUUCAACUUGACCUCGUUAUAGAAUUAGAUGAUUUUAAGUUAUUCAAACGAAGAAAGCGCUCAGUCCCAGAUGAUAGAGAAAUUACAAGAUCACGACUUGCAGGAAAGAUCGUAGAUGCGAUAGCCUCGGAGCAAAUGUGGAAAGACAAGGGCGUGGCUUGGUUUGCUUAUGCAAACAAUGAGACUGCACAUGACAACGAAAUGGCACAUGACAACAAUACAAUGUCUAUCCGAUUACUUGUAGCAGAUCGUUUUAAAUACGAGGGUUUUGACAACAGUUCAUUGUCCUUAACAAAGCCUGCAAACCUCACCACAACAUUGGUGCAACUGAGCGAAGCUGUUCUGAAGGGAACUCUCAAUUUGACGAUUGAUGGAGAAAGCAUUGAAAUCAUGAAAUUGAAUGGUUGUUUAGAUUGGAAUUGUGAGGAACAUGCGUUUAAUAUCACAUCCUUGAAAGUACCCGAAAGUAAUGAAGAUGGUGUAAAGCCCACAGAUGGUAUGAAGCCCACAGAUGGUAUAAAGCCCACAGAUGGUAUAAAGCCCACAGAUGGUAUGAAGCCCACAGAUGAUGUAAAGUCCGAAGAUCCCAGGUUGAAGAUCUUGGCAAGAUCUUGUAAGAUCUUGCAUGAUCUUGGAAGAUCAUGGCAAGGUCUUGGCAAGACACUAAUCUUGGCAAGAUCUUGCCAAGAUAUUACCAAUAUCUUGCCAAGAUUAUUCAAUCUUGCCAUACUUGCCAAAAUCUUGCCAAGAUUGUCUGAAAUUCUUGUCAAGAUCUUGCCAAGAUCUUUCAUGAUUUUUCGUCAUGCAUAA